AUGUCUUCGUACUACGAACCGCAGGGCUGGCAGGCUCCUGCUGCGCGCCAGGUCUCUUGGGAGCAGCCCGUGCCGCCGUCUCGGUCAGGCUCGAGCUCGGUCUCCCAACGCGAGGAUAGCCCGGCCUUUUCCUCCCAGUUUGACGAGGUUGAUCGUGCGAUCGACAAUCUCGUCAAGAGCGGGAAGCUGUGGAAUGCUCCUCGCCGGGACUCGAUGCCCAUGAUGAUGGGUCGUCCCUAUCCCGACUACGACCCUCGCAUGGGCGGUAAUGGUGGCCCCCAGCGACACCACUCGGUGAGCGAGUUCGAAGGCUCCCGAGCCCCUCCUUCCGGCAAUGCGCAGGGUUUCUACGCCUCGCAGCGGUACCAGGGACGCCCGAAUGAAGUAGAACAGAUGAUGCAGGCGAAGCGUCGGAUGGCAGCACAGCGUGAACGGGAGCUCCGCAACUAUCAUCAGGAGCAGCAGUACAACCGAAGCCUCCUCGCCGAAAUGUCUGCAAACAAAUCCGAUCGAUCCCUCAGCCCAGCUGCCGUGAGCGAAGACAGCCGCCGAGACCUCCUAGCUCGCCAGCACCGAGCCCUGUACGGCAACGAGAGCCCGGCUUUCUUCCCCCCUGGCCCCCUACCGGACGACAACUCUCGUCCGGAGAGCCAGGCUGCCGGAAGCACCCCCUCGUCCGCUGUCCGUGGAGCGUCUCCGCGCGGGGUUGACCCAUUUGGUCUGACCCAGGUUCUGGCUGCUGCCGAUGGCGCAUCAGGCCUGCAGUCUGCCUCACGGGCCAACAGUACCUCGUCGCCUAGUUCCGCCAUCAACUCCGGCUUCCCCGAGCAGCCUGUUCCCUCGACCUCGUCGCCCAGCGCUACUGACCUAUCUUCGUCUCGCCAGGGCUCAAACAAGAUGGGUGCCGGUCCUAUCGGAUCUCGACCAGUAGGACCGCAGACAACUGCACCAAACUCCAACCCGGCGCUGAACAAGCGCUCGACAACCCCAUUGCCCUCGUCUCUAGGCUACGGCUUCACCCCCGGUGAAGCCGCAGCUAAUGCGAACGAGCGCACCACGUCCGCAGCCUCGAACCCAGCCGUCACCGCUGCUGCCAACGCGCCCGGUCCCAAGGACUCGGCCGCUGGUGGUGUGGGCCUCGGCUGGUCCAACGGUGGUGGCGUCUGGGGCUCGAAGAGCGGGCUUGGCGUCCAGGCCUCGGUGUGGGGUUAA